CCGUAUUCGUGGUGGAGGACCGUCCACUGCUGUUUUUACAAGUACAAUAGUGUCUUGCCAGGCACGUCCCCGGACCUUCGGGCUGCAGUGGAGAUCCAGGACGUCCCUGCUUUUGUCUGGGAGGAGUUUUUGAGCCGUUGCGCAUGCAAUCCUACCCAUUUAUCUUCUAACUCCAGCCCUGGGAAAGAAGAGGAGCAAGUGUCUAAUUGCGCCGUGACACCCUGUCAAGAUAAAGAGAUUGAAGGAGUCCCUGUGCGUCUGAUCGCAAGCAGACACGAUGGAAGACGACCUGAUGUUCAGGAUGGAGGAGGACGGCAGCGUCCAGAGACCCUCCAGCCAGCGCAGCAGCAUCAAACAGAGAGCUUCCUCCCUCGGGGAGGAUGACGACGACGAUGAGGAACACUUCAUCGCACCCAUCCUGGACGACUCUGCCAGAGACGUCUGCCACUACCUGAAAGGCCUGGUUUACACACGACAGCUGUCAGGCUCUCUGCCAAAGAGCAGCUUUACCUACAAGCCUGACACAGAAAAAGAGGCAGAGCAUCGCUCGUACAGCGUUCUGUCUGAGAGUGCACGGUCAGCAUGGAUGCAUGCGAUCGAGAAGGCCCGGUCCAUGCCCGACCCCUGGGCUCAGUUUCACCUGGAGGACAUCGCAACUGAAUCCUGCACUCGUUACAGGUACAAUGCCAUCACGGGAGAGUGGAACCAAGACCAGAUCCACCUCAAGAUGGCUUCACAGCCCUUUGGGAGCGGGGCCAUGAGGGAGUGCUUCAGGACGAAGAAGUUGUCGAAUUUCUCACACAGCAGCAACUGGAAGUCAGCGUCCAAUUAUGUGUCAAAGAGUUACAUGGAGAAGGUGGACAGAAACGUCUACUUUGAAGACGUUAGGCUGCAGAUGGAGGCCAAACUCUGGGGAGAGGAAUACAACCGCCACCGGCCUCCCAAACAGGUGGACAUCAUGCAGAUGUGCGUGGUGGAGAUGACGGGCAGACCAGGUAAACCUCUCUUCCACCUGGAGCAUUACAUCGAGGGCAAGUACAUCAAAUACAACUCCAACUCCGGCUUUGUGAGGGACGACAACAUCCGGCUCACCCCGCAGGCUUUCAGCCACUUCACCUUCGAGCGGUCGGGCCACCAGCUGAUCGUGGUGGACAUCCAGGGAGUGGGAGACCUCUACACAGACCCUCAGAUCCACACAGAAAAGGGGACCGACUUCGGAGAUGGAAAUCUGGGUGUGCGAGGCAUGGCUCUGUUCUUCCACUCCCACCUGUGCAACAAGAUCUGCAAGAGCAUGGGCAUGACGCCCUUCGACCUCUCCUCGGCAGAGUUGUCCCAGCUGGACUGCACCAACAAGCUGCUGAAGUCGGCGAAAACGGUGCUGAGGGGCUGUGAGGACCCCAUCGGUUCUCCCCGCGUCCGCACUCUGUCCGCGAGCCGGGCGCCGCCGUUGUUUUCCCGCUUUUCUGAGACAUCGGACGAGAGCAUGAGUGACGUGGACUCCAUCCCCUGCUCUCCACUGGCCAUGGCCGGGUCCCAUGGCAGGUCACCUUCAGGGUUGUUUUUUACUGGAGUCUACGACCACGACAGACUCAACAAUAACAACACAGGUGAAAACCAGGAACCGGAAAGCGGCGGAGACAGCGGCUACCCCAGCGAGAGGAGGAGCGAAAGCGACCCGAGUGACCACGUGGAUGGGGUCGGCCAUCGCUCCCACAGAGCCUAUUCUGAGUCGGACGAGGACAGUGUCAGACGGAGGAAGAUGGUAACUCCUCCAAGAGUCUCCUCACAGUCAAGUUCAUACAAUUCGGACCACGAAACGCUGACUGAGGAGAAAUGGAGCUUUUAUCACUCGACUCGCGCCCACGUCCACCGACCUUCCUGUGUGGCCACAGAGGUGGAGCGUCUCAACGCGCUGAUGCAGAAGAAGAUCGGCCAGUCGAACCUGGGAAAGGUCCACCUGGCCAUGGUCCGGUACCAUGAAGGGGGGCGUUUCUGUGAGAAGGACGAGCAGUGGGACCAGGACGCGGCCAUGUUCCACCUGGAGACGGCUGCUCUGUGCGGCGAGUUGGAGGCCAUCGUGGCCUUGGGGCAGUGCUACAUGCAGCUCCCGCAUCACAUACUGACGGACAUGGAGAUGGAGGGUAACGCAGGAAACAAGAUGAAAGGUUUCAAGUAUCUGCUGCAGGCUGCCGAGGCUGGCGACAGGUCAUCUAUGAUCAUCGUGGCCAGAGCCUUCGACUCUGGGAUCAAUCUGUCAGUUGACAGAAAGCAGGACUGGGCUGAAGCGAUUCACUGGUACGACAGUGCGCUCAACAUGAUGGACUACGACGAAGGGGGGGAGUUCGACGGCACGCAGGACGAGCCUCGCUACCUUCUCCUGGCCAGAGAGGCAGAGAUGUUGCAAGAGGGAGGCCACAACCUCACCGCAGACCCGCAGCGAGCAGGUGAUCUGUUUACUGAGGCUGCUGAAUCUGCCAUGGAAGCCAUGAAAGGCCGACUGGCCAACCAGUACUACAUGAAAGCUGAAGAGGCCUGGGCGCUCGUCGAGGAAUGAUUUUUGAGGCCACGGGAGUUGAUGUGUGACUUGAGGUCACUUUGGUUUUGAUUCAUCCGGCUCACAGCCUGAAUGUUUCUUGUUUACACAUUUUUAUGACAGAUUUUUUUAUGUUUGUGGUUUGUGUGUGCGUGCUGAGCCACCGAGGAUCAGGCUUUUCUCUCCACUUCUUUGUUGAUGAGGUUUUAUCUUCCUAAUCCCCUUUUCCCCCUUCAACUUUCUACUUUUGAUUAAUAUAAGUGAAUAUGGUUGAAUGAAAGAGGAGAUCCGACAAAUCUGAGUAAAGAAAAUAUUUUGGUAAUUUUUCCCCAAAAUGUUAAUGCACUUAUGUUUGGAGAAUAUAUAAAAUGAAUGCAGAUGAAUAAGUUAAAGAGAAGUUUGGAAAAAUAACAGCAAAGAAAAAUGUUUACUUAUUUCUC